GGCAGACUGGCGUGCUAGCUUGAAAAACAAGCACAGUAAGCUAGCUUGCGUUAAAUCUGGCUCCAGAUAAACUUGCCUUAACACAGAACACAUUUCAUUUACUGCCUUUCUGCGAAGAUGAGCCGGACACCGGAUGCAAGAGCGAGGGACAACCAGACCAAAAAGAUCCAGGAAAACAUCACCAAUGUGGAGAAACAUUUUGGAGAGAUGUGCCAACUGUUUGCUGCCUAUGUGCGUAAAACAGCCAGGCUAAGGGACAAGUCGGAUGUGCUGGUUAAGGAGAUUGGUAUGUACGCAGACACAGAAACACCAGACCUGAAGAGGGGUAUGAAGCAGUUUGCUGACCACCUGGCCAAAAUUCAAGACUACCGCCAAGCUGAGGUGGAAAGACUUGAAGCCAAAGUCGUAGAGCCGUUAAAAAGCUACGGAGCUGUGGUCAAACGUAAAAGGGAGGAUCUGAAGAUGACUCAGAGUGCCAGAGACAGAGAAGCCAAACAGAUGGCUCAGCUUGAGAGGACCAGACAGAGGAACCCCUCAGACAGGCAUAUCAUUUCCCAGGCUGAGACUGAGCUCCAGAAAGCCACCAUGGAUGCCACACGGAUCACCAGGCAGCUGGAGGAGAUCAUAUACGAGUUUGAGAAGCAGAAGAUUCGCGACAUCAAGAAAAUCUUUUGUGAGUUUGUGACGGUGGAGAUGUCGUUCCACGCGAAGGCCUUGGAGCUGUACACCUUGGCCUAUCAGAGCAUUCAAAGUGUGGAUGAGGAGGAAGACCUGGAGGUGUUCAGGAGUUCGCUGCACCCCCCUGACUACCAGUCACGCUUAGACAUAGUGCGAGCUAAUUCCAAAACCUCCCUCGAUCGGACCGGGCCCUUCCUAAGUACAUCAGGGACCUCACAGCAACAAAGAGCUUCCAGUCGGCAGACCAGAAGAGAGGAGGAGGAAGAGGACGACGAAGAGGAUGAAGAUGAAUCUGAGGAGGAGGAGGAAGACGAGGACGAAGAGGAGGACACAGAUGAACAUUAAUUUCUUUAUUUGCCUUAGUUUUUGUCUAUCUGUGUGUGUAGUAUUGUUUUAUGAUGUUCAUGAAAAGCCGUGUCAUUGCCAAAAUCACCUCACACUGGUGGUCUGAGCAGUAUUGUAUUGUCAGUGUGCUGCCGUCGUGUGAUGCUUUGUAAGAGAACCUGUUCUUUACUAACGUGUUUGGAACUCCAGCCAGUUCAUGUCUUACAUAUUUUUAUAUAACUCAUGCCAAAAUGCACAUUACAUAUUCAGCUGUACAGGAGCUCCCAGUGCAUUUUAAUAUGUUAUUCAUCUUUAUAAAUAAAAAAGUUGCACAUUU